GCCAACCUUUGCAUGCUUUGGCGUGUGGCGGCCGCCUUUGCUGUAUUUCAGCAAGGACGCGGCAUCGCCUUGUCAGCCAUGGGCAAAGGCAAGGGCAAAGGCGGUUACCCUUGGUGGGAGCACAUUAAACCCAGAGAAGACCGUGGUAAAGGCAGCGAUGGAGGGGGCGGAGGAGGAGGAGGAGGCAGCUGGGCCGCCAGAUCUGCACCGUCGGGUCCACUGUCGCAGCUCCAACGCAAGAUCCAAGAGCUGGACGGCCGGCAAUACCCUUGCUACAAAGAUCUUGCCGGCGGCGGAUGGGACGUAGAGAAGAGGGCUAUGACAGUCUUCUUUGACCGAGUACAGGGCGAUUCAUAUGCUCCUCCGUCCUGGGUGAGGGUGCGAGUUCCCAUGGCAGCAGCCGGAUUUCUCGCAGCCUAUGUCUCCCAGUCACGAAUACGCAAUACAGCUCUUUGCGACUACGUCACUCGCGUUCUGUCCGACAAAUUGCAUGGCGGAGAUGGCACUGAUUGGACCCAAACCGUGAAAGGAGGCGGCUGGGCCAGCAGUAAGGGCGGAGACCUUCAGAUCGACACUCCAGGGCAGUACGUCUUGGAGCGCAGCAGCGUGGUUGCCAACUCAGAAUUCAUAGAGGCGCGGGUGACGCUUUCGUUGCCUGCUCGGGGCCGUACCAUUGAAGGAUAUCGCGCUGCAGAGAUCGUGGGAGGACUUUGCGAUGCUGUGGAAGGCUCCCUCUUCUCCAAAGCCUUGGAUGCCACAGCGCUGAAGCAGCACAUUGAAGCAGUGGAGGACCAGGAGCACCUCAGAUGUCAAUUGGCCCAGCUCGGCCUCGUUGCUUUUGUGGGCAAUGGCGCCGUGCUGCCGCGGAAAAGCGGCGUCGAUGACCGGCCAAUGACAAAGAAAGAUUCAGCCGACUUGGUAAAAUUCGAGAGCCCGAGCUCCAUGGAGGUGACUGUGAGCCUGCCACAUGCCGGCGAAAUCACCGGCAUGGGCAUCAAGAAAGGCGUCACUGUGAUUGUGGGAGGAGGCUUUCACGGCAAGAGCACUUUGCUUCAAGCUUUGCAGUUGGGCAUUUACAACAAGGUUCCUGGCGAUGGCCGGGAGUAUGUGGUUUGCGACCCUCAUGCUGUGAAGAUCCGCGCGGAGGAUGGCCGAUCAGUGAAAUGUACAGACAUCUCGCCCUUCAUCAACAACUUGCCAUUCGGGAAGGCCACUACCGAGUUCACCACGGGCGACGCUUCAGGGUCCACCUCCCAGGCGGCCAACAUCAUUGAAGCGCUUGAGGUGGGCGCCAGUACCUUGCUGGUGGAUGAGGACACCUGCGCCACCAACUUCAUGAUCCGGGAUGAGAAGAUGAAGGCCUUGGUUUCGCCCGAGAAGGAGCCCAUCACCGCCUUUGUGACCAAAGUCCGCCCGCUUUUCAAUGACCUGGAUGUUUCAACCAUCCUGGUUGUUGGCGGUAGUGGGGACUUUUUUGCUGUGGCGGAUGCAGUCAUCAUGAUGGAUGAGUAUGUGGUGAAGGAUGUCACGCAACGCGCCCGCGAGAUCGGAAAGAAGUCUGGUAUUGCAGAUGGAUCUUCCUUUGGCAAGGUGUCUCGCCGGCGGCUGUGCAAGAAUGGCCUGGCUGCUGAUGGCAAGGUCGCUGCGCGGAGCUUGCGGUGCUUGCAGUAUGGCGGCACAGAGGUGGAGCUGAGCUGCAUAGAGCAGCUGGUGGAAAUUUCGCAGGCACGUGCUAUUGGCGAUGCGCUGCAGCUUCUGGGUGGAGGCUUUGCAGUAAAUCGGCCCAUGGCAGCGGUGAUAAGAGACUUGGAGAAGCAGAUCCAGGCAGAGGGCAAGCCGGUGGGCAUUCAGGGCUUGGACACUCUGAGCCACCGUGAGCCCUGCCCAUUCUACGUGAUGCCCCGGCGCUUUGAGCUGGCGGCGGCAGUGAACCGCCUCCGGACGGCAGAGUUCGCGCCGGAGAAAACCAAUGGCGCUGACAAUACCGCAUGGUGAGACCGAGCUUAUCUCCGGA